AAAAAUAAUCUGUGUGUUCAACUUUGGCAUGCAUGUUGUGGAUUUGUAUACAUCCCCAAGAUUGGGGAAAAGGUUUUCUACUUCCCUCAAGGACACUUAGAACAGGUGACAAUAUUUCAACAUCAACAAGAUCAUAACAUGGAAAUUCCUAACUAUCAUUUGCCCUCUAAAAUUUUAUGCAUAGUUAUGGGUGUUGAGUUAAAGGCAAAAGUUGACACAGAUGAAAUUUUCACUCUACUUACAUUAUUCCCAUUGCCAGAGCAACAAGAAAUUAUUUUAGAGGAUAAUCAUGCAAUUCAGAGUCCUAGUGAACUGUACUCUUUCAAUAAGAUUCUCACUUCAACAGAAAUAAGUACACUUGGUCGACUUUAUAUUCCAAAGGAACAUGCUGAGAGAUGCUUUCCUCCACUGGAUAUGACCCUUAAACCACCAAUGCAUGAUCUAGUGGCAAAGGACUUGCAUGGAAAUGAGUGGAAUUUUCGACAUAUUUAUAGUAGUUAUGAGAAAAAACACAUGCUUACUAAUGGUUGGAGCACAUUCGUAAACUCAAAAAAUCUUGCUCCUGGAGAUUCAUGCAUUUUUGUCAGUGGUGAGAAUGGUGAAUUUGGUAUUGGGAUUCGUCGAGAUAUGGAACAACAUAGCAAUAUAUGCUGCACAACAUCGUCUCGACAAUCUAGUCAGAAGAUGCAACUUCCACCAUUGGUUGCUGCUUAUCAUGCUAUUUCUAUAGGAACUUUGUUCCAUGUCCAGUACUACCCUUGGUGA